CGUGGGUAUCCCGGAUGGAGCAGCGCCGCCAUCUUUACGCCAGUUAGUUACUACCGGUGGCUCUUCAGUUGGAGUUCAGCGGAGCGACGGUUUGCUGUUGCUGAUCCACAACCAGCCGUUAAUCCUUCCCCUUUCCACUGGGACGCCACACGAGCAAACCCGGAGCGCCAUGGCGGACAGAGAGAACUUAGUUUACCAGGCGAAACUCGCCGAACAAGCGGAGAGAUAUGACGAAAUGGUGGAGUCGAUGAAGACCGUGGCCAGUAUGGACGUGGAGCUGACGGUGGAGGAGAGGAACCUGCUGUCGGUAGCAUAUAAGAACGUGAUCGGAGCCAGAAGAGCUUCCUGGAGGAUAAUCAGCAGCCUGGAACAGAAAGAAGAAAACAAAGGCGGAGAAGACAAACUAAAGAUGAUCAAGGAAUACAGGAAAACGGUUGAGAACGAGCUGAAAUCAAUCUGCAACGACAUUCUGGAUGUACUGGACAAGCACCUCAUCUUAGCUGCAACCACGGGAGAGUCUAAGGUUUUCUACUACAAAAUGAAGGGAGAUUACCACAGGUACCUGGCAGAGUUCGCCACAGGCAACGACAGGAAGGAGGCGGCAGAGAACAGUUUGGUCGCCUACAAAGCUGCUAGCGACAUCGCCAUGAUCGAACUCCCUCCAACGCACCCCAUUCGUCUGGGAUUGGCCCUUAACUUUUCAGUUUUCUAUUAUGAAAUCCUCAACUCGCCAGAUCGUGCUUGCAAGUUGGCGAAGGACGCGUUUGACAAUGCCAUUGCAGAACUGGAUACGCUGAGCGAGGACAGCUAUAAGGACUCAACACUUAUCAUGCAGUUGCUACGUGACAACUUGACACUAUGGACCUCAGACGUGCAGGGAGAUGGUGAAGAACAGAACAAAGAAGCAGCACUGCAAGAUGCGGAGGAAGAGACCCCCCUGAGAGACUGAACAACACAAUCCCCUCUUCCUCCUCCUCUUCCUCCUCCCUUGUUUCUCUCCUCCCAGCACUCGCUCCUGUCCCCAGCCACAGUUUCCAACUGGGUUUAUACUGCAGCCCACACUCUUUCUCUUCCUUUCCCUCCCAUUUCUACCCGUCUGUCUCACCCUUUCUCCUCAUAUGCAUGUCAUGGCACGCUCGGGUCUCCAUUUCAACUUCCCAGGAGGUAUACCUUAUUUCUGAUGACUCAUUUUGCAAGCCUGUACCCUUUAAGGUUCGUCUCCUCUUUUUUUAUUUUGCUUUACUUCAUCUGUUGCCAAGUACGCUUGCCUGUAUUUGUUACACACAUAUGCAAGGGUUUAUUUAAAGACAAUACUUUGCUGUUUUUGUUCCUGUACGUGUGUUUAUGAACAAUAUAAUGUCCAUGCUUCUUUCAGUCGGUCCGUUUUGAAACAUUUCAGUGUGCAAAUUGAGGAAAUAAGGCGGCGAUGGGAGAUUUAAAAGGGAUGUGUGAAAGCUUUUAGGAAGAACUAAGUGCCCUCUUUACUUUGUGGUUACCAAACCUUCAACUCAUCAAUAGUUUUUUUUUUUUUUUUUAUGACAAACAGCAGAAUGUCCCCCCUUCUCCGAGCAUCACUCUGACCUCUAUUCUUGUCCACUCUUGGACCAAGUAUUGUGCUGCGAGGCUGUAGCGCUUUUGCUAAUGGCAGAUAGUUAGGUAAUGGCUUUUUAGCAGGCUAAAUGUGUGUGUGCGUGGGAGGGGAUUGCUCAACACUCUUGAUUGUAACGUAAUGCAGUUUUGCAUUUGGCACCAUAAAAAAAAAAAAAAAAAGUUUGGGAACUAGAGGCCUGCUGUAUCUUUACUCUCCUGACUCUUUCAGGUUUCCUCGUCUCAACUCUGUCUCUUUCCUACUUUUCUCAUUUCCUCUCUUCCUUCUGUUCGGUAUGUGUAACGUGAAUCUGAUUUGUACUACUGGAUAUUCUCACCGGAGCCACAAGUACCAUCUGUAUUCUUACUGAAACACAGCAUGGAAUUAACAUUAAACUUCAAAUUGAAAAAUGUUAAAUUAA